AUGCGGUCUCCAUUCACUUCCAGACCCAGCGAUGCGAAUAUCGUAUCGUCUCCACACCGAUUGAAACGGGCGAAAUCCGUCAAGGAUGCCUUUCCACCCACUCUACACCGCGUUCUUCUGUCUAGUCUGCCGUGUCGCUCCGGAAGCCGAAGACGCUUCAAUCGGUUCCCGUCUCCAUCAAGUGAGGCUAUCAACGAUACUCCGGUGACAUGCUUGAGUGACCUGGAAUUUAAUUUUUCUGGUUCACUCGAUAUUUCUGAUGCAGAGUCUCUUCCAGACUUGACUGACGAUGCUUCUGUUGCAGGAUCUGUCUACAGUGCUGUUACUCCCACCAAGAACGCAUGUCUGUACUUUGAGGUUGCACCCACUGACUUCUGCAAGAAGAAUCUUCUUGCCGAGCUCACAGAGCAUUGUGUGGAGGGACUACAGGAAGACAACGACCUUGACCACGUAGACAAUGGAAUUGGUCCAGAAGUCAACGAGGUCAACGAAGUCAACGAGGAGGAAACCAUCAGCAUUGAUGUACGCUCCAAGCUUGGGAGAGAUUCAGAGAUCAUUGGUGCUGAAAAUAUGCAUGUAGGACCUGUUGACGAAGAUAUUGGUCUCUACGAGCAGUCCCUCUUCCAAUCUCUGGUUCCUCUGUCCAUCUUCCAAAUUCCAGAGCUAGUGCAUAAAAUCAUCGAAUACGUCGAUGCACAGAACACCUCUGUGCCCAGGGAACAAACUCCUCUGAGACGGAAACCAUUGUCAUAUAAGCAUGCAUUGUUAAUUCACGGCAACGAGGCUGCGGCCAUGAAAGCCAUGCAAGAGAGUCAAGUGACGCAUUCGCAGCCAUCCAAUCCAGGAACGUUGCACUCUUGCCUUUUGGUGAACAAACUCUUCCACCGCAUCACCAAGGAGAUUAUGAGCUCCAAGGUGUAUUUUUCCAACGAGAAAAACUUCUACCAAUUUGUCCGCAACGACAACCCGGAGUUUUUUUCUUCUUUCCGCCCCACUUCAUUGGUGCUUAAUAAACUUUUCUGCGCGAAGCAGGCAGCCAUGGAUAAAAUCACUAAUGCCAUCGAUUAUUCUCGUCUCGAGUGGCUCGAGGUUAACAUGUGUCCAAAACUUCUACCUUCGGAAAAAUUACUCCAUUCGUCGCUCCGCACGCUUAUUGUCACUGGGUCCAAGAUCUUGGACGACUCGCUCUUGGUGGAGGUUGCGAAAAGAUGUCCGAACCUCCAGGCCAUUGAUCUCCGUGCAUGCGAGGGUAUUACCGACUAUGGCGUAUACGCCAUUGCUAGAUCGUGUACUCAGAUCACCAGUAUCAAUUUGGGCCGCAAGAAGCGCGGACAUCUUAUCACUGAUCACAGUGUGUCUACGCUAGUGUGCAACAACAAAAGACUCGAGACGGUAGGAUUAGCCGGGUGCUAUAUCACCGACCGUACCAUCUGGGAGCUUGCAAUGAACUGUGGGUUCUCCCUUGAGAGACUUUCGUUGAACAACUGUCCAUAUGUGACCAACCAGUCGCUACCGGUGAUUCUUCAGCACAAUCUCUUGCCGAACCUCUCAGUGCUUGAGAUUCGGUUUGUUGUGAAAAUCACCAAUUUCGAUCCUAUUGUGACGUUCAGACGGAAGCAGAAUUCCAAGGGGAUAUGUAUGUUGAUAGAAAUGUGCGAAGAGCUCUUGGUGAGGAUGAGAGAGUGUGAAAUUCGCAUGGACAACUACAUCAGCGAGAGUAUAUUCCAGGAUAUAUCCGACUGGGCCAAUGCAAAGGAUGAAGAAGAUGUGUCGUUUCAGACACUCAUCAGUGCCAGGGUUUAA